AGUCAUAUGGCAUCACCUGAUUAAAGAUCCAACAAAGAAAAGGGAAAUAUUCAAUUAAUGUAUUUAAUCAAGAACAAAUAAAUUUAGAGAUAACAGUAUGGACGAUUCUUCGCAGCAGAGUGAAAACAGCGUGGAAACGAUGUGCGAUAGUGACGAGGUGCAGUGUGAUAUUAGACAUCGCAGAUGUUGUCACAGUACAGUUAUGCCUCUUUUAACCGAAGAAAAAAUGAGAAGAAAACUUCAGUUUUUCUUUAUGAACCCCAUUGAAAAAUGGCAAGCCAAAAGAAGGUUUCCAUUUAAGUUCGUUGUACAGGUGAUUAAGAUCUUUUUUGUAACCAUGCAGCUGUGCCUAUUUGCAUACAGUCGUUACAAUCAUAUAAAUUACACGUGGGAUAAUAGGGUGACAUUUUCACAUUUAUUCUUAAAAAAUUGGGAUUCUACUCGAGAGGUGAAUGCUUAUCCUCCAUCUAGCGGCCCUCUAGCGGUGUAUAAAGAAGAUGAUUUUUAUAGCACCAUAAAUUACGCUUACACUGGGUAUAUUAAUGUAGAUAAAGCUAUAGGGUCAUAUUCUUAUGCAAAUGAAGAUAAUACACCUGAAGAUUUGACAUUUUGCAUAUCCCAAUACAAAGAAGGCAUUAUACACGGGAAUAACGAGUCCUACGUGUUUAACAGUGAAAUUGUUGAGACGUGUAUUAAUAUAUCUAAAAACGAUGUAGGAGCAUCACUGGAUUCGCUACAGUUAUUUAGAGAAAAUAACUUGCACGUCAACUUUUCAGCUCUUGUGCGAGCUGAAUUAAAGUUUUCAUUAAAAACUGUGAACUUCAAAGCAGCUAGCAGAAUUAGCGCUCCAAAUUGUUACCAAUUCGACAUUAACAUCUUUUUCGAUAAUGCCGAUCACGAUGGCCAGGUAGUUGUAGGACUAGAUGCCGAACCAAUCAGGCUAACCUGUAAAGGUGAUACCACGUAUAUAACCGAUGACGAAAUAUCGGCCUUGCUUCGAAGUUUCCUCAAUUACACUGUGAUCGCUAUUUGUAUAAUAUCGCUAGUGUUGUGUAGCAGAGCCGUGUGGCGUGCCCAACAGCUCAAGAGAAUCACAAUGAUCUUUUUCGAACAGAAUUUCGAUAGAAAAUUAAGUAAUCACGAUCAGCACAAGUUUCUGAAUUUGUGGUAUAUUAUGAUUAUCGUCAAUGACAUUUUAAUCAUUAUUGGCUCCGCAAUAAAAGAGCAAAUCGAAAGGGAAGAAUUUACAAGCGACGAAUGGAACAUUUGCAGUUUAUUUUUGGGCAUAGGAAACAUGCUAGUCUGGUUUGGAGUGCUGCGUUACUUAGGAUUCUUUAAAACGUACAACGUUGUCAUUUUAACGCUGCAAAAAGCCGCACCGCAGGUAGCAAGAUUUUUACUUUGCACUCUACUGAUUUACGCUGGUUUUACAUUUUGUGGAUGGCUUAUUUUGGGUCCCUACCAUCUUAAAUUUAGGUCUAUUUCCACCACUUCCGAGUGUUUGUUCUCGCUGAUCAAUGGAGAUGAUAUGUUCGCAACGUUCACUAUUAUGUCGACCAAAUCUGGACUACUAUGGUGGUUCUCCAGAGUUUAUUUAUAUUCUUUCAUUAGUUUAUACAUCUACGUCGUUCUUAGUUUGUUUAUCGCCGUCAUUAUGGAUGCCUAUGAAACUAUUAAAUUAUAUUAUAGCGAGGGUUUUCCAAAAAGCGACUUGGAAAUUUUUAUAGGGUCCACAAGCGGCGACGAGGUAUCCAGCGGCAUCUUCAGAAGCGAUUCUUGUGAAAGUCUAGGCGGUUUAAUAAAAGAUCUUUGCUGUUGCUGCCCUCAGAUACGUAAAACAUACAAAACAAUAUCCAGAGGCAGUUCAGUGGUAAACAAUAAACAAUCAUCACCCAGAAAUUCAGUUUAAAAUAAGUGUUACCAAUAGGAUACCAAAUCUCAGACCAUAGUUGAUUUUAGGGCCAAAAAUUGCUUGUUGAUCGCACCAAAUAAACUUUUAGUCGCGUGAUUCAACUAGACCGGCACAGUGUGGCCGACUUCUACAUAUUUUCUUUUAAUCAAAAUAUUUUAAGAAACAAAAAUGAAUUAAUUAUAAACAUAACAGUUAUCAUUUAUAUCAACGAAACUCACCUAACAGCACUUAAGUUUCCGUUCGAAAUAAUCUAAUAAGGACGCGCUGAUUUUUUUGCAACAGCUGUUAAGCAGCUUCGAAAUCUUGUACACUUUGCACCACAAGCUGUUCUAAAAAGAACAAUUUUUGACUGCAAGGUCUUCUAAUACAAAAUUUUAAACUUAGAACUUCAACACAAUUCAAAUUAAUGAAAAACCCGUAAUACAGAAGUAAUCAAAACUAAUCAAAAUAUUAGUAAAUAAAUAUGACAACUAUAUAUUUUUUACAGCAGAGCUACCACCUAGAUUGCCAGCGGGAAAUUUAAAUUCCAGGUAGUUAGCCUGGCGCCGAAUAUAUUCAUGGAUGGCAAUAUUGAAUUUAAUAAUCGCCCUGUCGAUGACGUAAAAGUUUAUUUGGCAUCGAUAGUAUGUAAGUCCAUUCGUUCAGACGUCGCAGAAUUUAUUUUUUUAAUAAAUUGGUUUUUAAACUUUUUGUAAACACUAUAUAUUUUGAAAGUUAUUUAUUUUUUAAGGAAUAUUUUGGCAACUCAUUAUUAAUUUAGAUUUAAUUUUUAAGUGUUGCUAUUGUUUUUUAUUUGUGAUAUAUAGAAGAUUUUUAUUAAUAACAUGCUAGUAUUAAAGGGGACGAUUCUUGAACCUGUUUUAAGAAAAAAAAAAUUAAUAAGAAUGUAUGUUGUAAAUAUCUUAACUUUUGCGAUACAGGGACGGUAAACUUUUCUAAAAAAAACAUUUUCGUCAAAAAAAGAGAAGUCAGUGGCGUGCCAUCUUUUUCUCCAAAAAUAUUCAAUAUAAAAUCCGUACGGACGCCACAGGUUGAAAUAAAUAAAAUUGUUUGCACAUAAAAAAAAGCAUGUUGAUGCAUAUAGAAGACGUGUAUCAAGAUACAUUAAGAUAAUUAAGAUAUCUAUAAUAACAUCAGAGUUAUUAUGAACAAAAGUUAUUUUUUUAGAAAAUGUUACGACCCUGUAUCUCUAAAGUUAAGAUGUUUAGGACUUUUAAGACAUACCCUACACACGAAGUUAUUUUUAGAAUCGUCCCCUUAAAUAUUGGUAGUCCAUUAAGGAACACCCUGUAUAGUCCGUCCAACGAGAGGGUCCUUCAUGGUUGUGUCUGUCAUAUUAAUUCGCAGGUACAUUCAUAGAUAAACUAGGUACAUUUGCUGUCCUCCAUUCCAGAGCAUAACGCCCUGGGCUACUCAGAACGGUUCUGAAAGGAGCUGUGCGCGAUAGCCUGGUGCCUCCAUAUGGCGCGGAACAGUUCUGAACUUUAUGACUCAAUUGAAUGGAGUGAGAGUAUUGCGUUCUUGAACAGUUCUGAGCUGCACAACUGCGUGAAUGGAGGAUAGUAAUUUGCCGCCCUCCAUUCGCCAGUUUCAAGUUCCAGAGCUUUACGCCCUGGGCUACUCAGCACGGUUCUGAAAGGAGCUGUGCGCGAUAGCCUGGUGCAUCCAUAAGGCGCGGAACCGUUCUGAACUUUAUGACUCAAUUGAAUGGAGUGAGAGUAUUGCUUUGUUGAACAGUUCAGAGCUGCACAACUGCGUGAAUGGAGGACAGUAAUUGUAUUUUCUGUCACUUCUUGGAUGACGUCUGUCCAAAUCUUCCUUUUUUUGACAAGAUUUUGACAGAUGGAGAUUCAAAUAUGACCGAAAUGACAAACCCAAUUAUCACAGUCAUGUAUCCUCUCACUGAACAGACUAUAGUUGUUUAUAACGUACAAUGUGUUUGCAGACAUUUUUUAAGCUUUAUAAUGAGUGAAUUUGAGUGAUAACUGAAAGAUAACAUAAGUUAAAUAUUUAAGUUGCAUUUGUAUAUAUUUUUAAAAAUAAACUUUAUGUAAAUACUAACGAUAACCUGAAGUCUAAAUUUAAUAAAUAUUUAUAU